AUGCCAGUCGAGAAGCGCUGCCAUGUCGCGCCCCUGCUCUCGGGUGACGAGACAAAGUACAGGCGCCGGUAUCGAGUGCUGAAGGACAUGGUCAACGACCUGAGCGACGAAUCCAACCUCCUCGCCUUGCGCGUGCACAAGAUCCAGCGCCGGAUCUACGACCACUACCUCUCCGCGUACGGGCAUGCGCCGCCCGUGGUUCCUCUGCCAACGGACGCGUCCUGGUCCCCCCUCGUCGGAAACAAGGAAGAGUACCCCGUCGACAUUGGCGCGCCUCUCGCCAACCGGGCUCCGAAGCGUCACGUCGGGGACGCCGAGGAGCCGCUCCGCCGCACAAAGGCGGCACCCGAGUCCGAACAUGCCGAUCAUCCUGGUUCUGAUAUGCCCGAGCCCUCUGAGGGGGAUCGGGACGAGAGGGACGAGAGGGAUGAGAGAGACGAGAGGGAUGAGAGGGAGGGAGAGGACGAGGAGUCCAUGGCCACGUCUCGCGCUGGGACUAGUGUUGGCGACAGAGGGGAGAGGGUUGAGAGGCUGCAUGCCAUUCCGGCGGGAGCUAAGCAGGAGUUCCAGCCGCCGCCUGACGAGUGGACGCUUGAUCGAGAGCGGGCGGAGCGCAAGCGGGGAGUCAAGAGAGAGAGGGAGAGGAGUUAUGACGACGAGUACUCGCGCGAGAGGGAGAGUGCGAGGGGCGGCUCGCCGCGGAGCGAUGUUGAUGACUACUAG